AUGGCAGAAGCGCUCGGCAUCGCGUCGAGCAUCAUCGCCGUGGUUGAUCUUUCGGCCAAGGUACUUUCCCUAUGUUUGCAAUAUUCCCGGGAGGUGAAGAACGCCAAGGAUGAUAUCGAUAGGCUCCAUGACGAAGUUGCUGCCUUUCAGAACACGACCGAGAAGCUCGAGGCUCUCCUCAAAGAGCCUCCCCGACUUAGUGUAAUCCUUCAGAACGUCGAUGACCGAACGAUUCUCAGUCAACUGCCUGCCGCGGAAGGAGCUUCAUUCGACUCCCAUGCCGAAGAACACAACCCGACGUGCUUGCCAAACACGCGUGAGGAGCUGCUCAAAGAAAUCGACUGCUGGAUUGAUGACCCUAAAUCAAAGACAAUAUUCUGGUUAAAUGGCAAGGCUGGAACAGGAAAAUCGACCAUCUCGCGGACUGUCGCUCGUUCGCGAUCCAAGCAGGGUGAUCUCGGUGCGAGCUUCUUUUCAAGAGAGGAGAGGAGUGCCGUCAAUGCUGAUCCAGCGAUUGCUGACAAGGCUGUUCGAGAGCAGUUUGAGAAGCUUGUUCGAGAGCCGUUGUUAAAAGCGACGGCAACGUCGUUAUCUCGACCAUCGGUUUUUAUUGUUGUUGAUGCGCUGGAUGAGUGCGAGAAGGAUGCUGACAUCAAGCUCAUUCUUCAACUUUUCUCCAACUUACGCUUCGCGGGUCCUUUAUGUGUCCGAGUGCUCGUUACCAGUAGACCCGAGCUUCCCAUCCGUCUUGGCUUUUCCUCCAUCGGCAAUGCCCACCAAGAUCUGAUACUGCACAAAAUCCCGCUGCCGAUCAUUGAGCACGACAUAUCUGUCUUUCUUCGGCACGAGUUCGCCAACAUUCGCAACAACUUCAACACGGAUGCAGUAGAAGAGCUGAAACUACCUAUGGACUGGCCUGGGGAAGCCAACGUCGGGAAGCUCACUAAAGCGGCGGUGCCUCUCUUUAUCUUCGCCGCUACUCUUUGCCGAUUCAUCAACGACCGAUAUAUCGGAAGCCCUGAUGAGCUUCUGCAGAGCGUGCUCAACGUCGCAGGUACUGGCCAAGGCUCUAAGCUCGACAUGACAUAUUCGCCAGUUCUAAGACAACAAGUACUUCAUAGGUCGGGAAGCGAGAGAUUGGACAUCAUCGAGAGCUUUCGCCUUAUCGUCGGCACCAUCGUCACACUGGCUAACCCAUUGUCAAUGCGUGCUCUUGCGCUACUUCUCGAUGUUCACGUCAGUAAGGUAACGACUAGGCUAAGUGCGUUGCAUUCGGUUUUGGAUAUCCCGGAAACUCUUGAUGCGCCAGUGCGACUGCUCCAUCUAUCGUUCCGGGACUAUCUCGUAGGCCUGGAAGAAAGAGAGUUGGCCGAGUUUCGAGUAGAAGAAAGACAUACUCACCAGAUAUUAGCAAAACACUGCUUGCGCAUUAUGCGCGGCGGUUUGCAGAAGAACAUAUGCAGUCUACCUUUCCCAGGCAUGCGUCGAUCUUCAGUAGACUUUGGGCAACUAGAGAAGAGGAUGCCCUCACAGCUCCAAUACGCUUGCAUGCACUGGGCGUAUCAUCAGACGUCAGGUGAACCCAAGCUUAGCGAUGACAAGGAUGUUUAUGGCUUCUUGACCACACACUUCCUGCAUUGGCUUGAAGCGAUGAGUUUGCUCGGACGAGUCAAGGAAUGUCUUGACACCCUGAGGUUACUUGCGAGAUGGGUAGAGACCCUAGAGGGCUCGAGCCUUUCGACCUUUGUGGCUGAUGCAGAGCGCUUUGUUCAGGCCUACUUUUCCGUGGCUGCUGAAACGCCGCUGCAGAUUUAUUGUUGCCUGGCUUUUGUCCCAAGGAAGAGUGUUGUGCGAAGGACAUUCGAGAACUUUAUUCCAAAAUGGAUAAGCAAUUUGCCAAAGGUUGAGGAAAACUGGGAUGCAUGCUUGUUGACUCUCGAGGGCCAUAGCAGCUGGGUCAGGUCGGUGGUGUUCUCGCACGACUCGAAAAAGGUGGCAUCGGGCUCUGAUGACGAGACGAUACGGAUCUGGGAUGCCGAGACGGGCGAGUGCGAGCGAGAGCUGAAGGGCCAUAGCAGCUAUAUCAGGUCGGUGGUGUUCUCGCACGACUCGAAAAAGGUGGCAUCGGGCUCUGCUGACAAGACGAUACGGAUCUGGAAUGCCGAGACGGGCGAGUGCGAGCGAGAGCUGAAGGGCCAUAGCAGCUAUAUCAGGUCGGUGGUGUUCUCGCACGACUCGAAAAAGGUGGCAUCGGGCUCUGCUGACAAGACGAUACGGAUCUGGAAUGCCGAGACGGGCGAGUGCGAGCGAGAGCUGAAGGGCCAUAGCAGCUAUAUCAACUCGGUGGUGUUCUCGCACGACUCGAAAAAGGUGGCAUCGGGCUCUGAUGACGAGACGAUACGGAUCUGGAAUGCCGAGACGGGCGAGUGCGAGCGAGAGCUAAAGGGCCAUAUCGGCUAUAUCAGCUCGGUGGUGUUCUCGCACGACUCGAAAAAGGUGGCAUCGGGCUCUGAUGACGAGACGAUACGGAUCUGGAAUGCCGAGACAGGCGAGUGCGAGCGAGAGCUGAAGGGCCAUAUCGGCGAUGUCAACUCGGUGGUGUUCUCGCACGACUCGAAAAAGGUGGCAUCGGGCUCUUAUGACGAGACGAUACGGAUCUGGAAUGCCGAGACAGGCGAGUGCGAGCGAGAGCUAAAGGGCCAUAUCGGCUAUAUCAGCUCGGUGGUGUUCUCGCACGACUCGAAAAAGGUGGCAUCGGGCUCUUAUGACGAGACGAUACGGAUCUGGAAUGCCGAGACGGGCGAGUGCGAGCGAGAGCUGAAGGGCCAUACCGGCUAUAUCAGGUCGGUGGUGUUCUCGCACGACUCGAAAAAGGUGGCAUCGUGCUCUCAUGACGAGACGAUACGGAUCUGGAAUGCCGAGACAGGCGAGUGCGAGCGAGAGCUGAAGGGCCAUAUCAGCUAUAUCAACUCGGUGGUGUUCUCGCACGACUCGAAAAAGGUGGCAUCGUGCUCUCAUGACGAGACGAUACGGAUCUGGAAUGCCGAGACGGGCGAGUGCGAGCGAGAGCUGAAGGGCCAUAUCGGCGAUGUCAACUCGGUGGUGUUCUCGCACGACUCGAAAAAGGUGGCAUCGGGCUCUGAUGACGAGACGAUACGGAUCUGGAAUGCCGAGACAGGCGAGUGCGAGCGAGAGCUGAAGGGCCAUAUCGGCGAUGUCAACUCGGUGGUGUUCUCGCACGACUCGAAAAAGGUGGCAUCGGGCUCUUAUGACGAGACGAUACGGAUCUGGAAUGCCGAGACAGGCGAGUGCGAGCGAGAGCUAAAGGGCCAUAUCGGCUAUAUCAGCUCGGUGGUGUUCUCGCACGACUCGAAAAAGGUGGCAUCGGGCUCUUAUGACGAGACGAUACGGAUCUGGAAUGCCGAGACGGGCGAGUGCGAGCGAGAGCUGAAGGGCCAUACCGGCUAUAUCAGGUCGGUGGUGUUCUCGCACGACUCGAAAAAGGUGGCAUCGUGCUCUCAUGACGAGACGAUACGGAUCUGGAAUGCCGAGACAGGCGAGUGCGAGCGAGAGCUGAAGGGCCAUAGCAGCUAUAUCAACUCGGUGGUGUUCUCGCACGACUCGAAAAAGGUGGCAUCGUGCUCUCAUGACGAGACGAUACGGAUCUGGAAUGCCGAGACGGGCGAGUGCGAGCGAGAGCUGAAGGGCCAUAUCGGCGAUGUCAACUCGGUGGUGUUCUCGCACGACUCGAAAAAGGUGGCAUCGGGCUCUGAUGACGAGACGAUACGGAUCUGGAAUGCCGAGACAGGCGAGUGCGAGCGAGAGCUGAAGGGCCAUAGCAGCUAUAUCAACUCGGUGGUGUUCUCGCACGACUCGAAAAAGGUGGCAUCGGGCUCUGAUGACGAGACGAUACGGAUCUGGAAUGCCGAGACGGGCGAGUGCGGAGACCUCGUAUCAUUGCAUGGCUAUGCAGGUGUUCUAUCUUUUACGCUUGAUGGGCGUGGCAUUGUCACAGACUGUGGUACAUUUCCCCUGACAUGCAGCUCACAAUCUCGCCCCGGUUCUGCUAUGCCGUGGCAAUCUUCGCAUGCCCCGAUGCUUGCCUGCACAGACAGCACCUGGGUCACAGCGGCCGGAAAGGACUUACUCUGGCUGCCUCCCGAAUGCCGCGGCGGAAAAGUAGCUGUUUCGGGAAGCAGAGUUUUCACCACCUUUGGGUUUUUUCCCGAUUAG